CAUAUGAUUUGGACGUUUGUGAUUGACAUAACCUCAAACAAAAACAAAUGUUUUUGUUAUUGUUCUUAGUUCUUAUCUCUGUUCUUAUGUUCUUUAUUAUGUUAAACUCAAAGUUAUACAUAAUCUUACCAAAACAUAAUUCUUUAUAUUUAUCAUAAAUAAUCGCGUGUUAAUAAUGGCAGGUAGCAACGUAAAUUCUACUGAUCUGGACCAAGACACUAGAGAGAAAUUGAAAGGAGAUUGUAUUGGUGAUACAUUGUAUAGUGAAUCUUUCGUGCUAAAAACUCUUCUCAAAUUAUCCAAUGUUGACUGGAAUGAAGAACUAGAGCAGGAUUUAUGUUUUUUAUGGGAUAUGACACUGGAGAAAGAAGUAUGCCAAUAUUUGUUUCAGCUGAAUUAUCCAGCAUUAGCUUGUUCGGUGAUAUCACAACAUACAGAGGAGCGCCUAUUAGAAAUUAUUGUUGGGAUUUUAGCUAACAUUCUAAUGGCUGAUUGUGAUAGAAAAAUUGACGAUAGUGAAAUUCAAAUUGUUUUAAAUUCUCUUAACUUUUCUGACCCAACAAUACUAACACAAGUUAUGAGAUUUAUAGAAUCAAUUGCUUACUAUGUUCCUGAAAAAAUAACUUUAAUCGGCGAAGAAGAAUUAGCAAAAAUACAAUUCAUAUUGAAAAAUUCAGAGAACAAUUUGUUACUGAUACAAACUUUUCAGACUUUAAUCAAAUUAACGGAUAAUUUUAAGUUAGGUGAAAAUUUUGUUACUGCCGAACUUUACAAAACAAGUGUUAUUGGGUUUGAUACGUUAAUUAAUAUGGAGUCUGAUGAUUUUGAAAUUGAUACAGAAGAAACCAGUAUGGUAUUAAAACUAUUCUUACAUUUGUUAACAAAUAUAUGCUUUUAUGUAGAUAAAUAUAAUCAUGACAAUGAAAUUUCAACUUGCUUAAACAAUAGUUCAAAAAUCUAUAUUAUAAUUCAUAAAAUACUAAAAUAUUUUUCUCAUGAAAAUAAUUUAUUUCCCCUAUCGAUGAAUUUUAAAGAGUAUAUUGGUUCAUUUCUAACAUUUUUUACGACACGUGAUAUUUCUAUCACUUCAUAUCUUAAAUUUAACACAUUUAGUAAAGAUUUCUCUUCAAUUUGUAAGAUAAUUAAUUUAUUAUACAAAUGCAAAGAUGAAGUGGAAGAAAGCUUUGAUCUAGUUUUAGAAUUUCUUGCUUAUUUCAUAUGUUCAAUAGACAAACAUACAAUAUUAACUGAAUUGCAGAAAAUAGAGUACAAAAGGGGAAUUGUAGUUCUUAACUGCCUAAAAGAAAGCUUGAAGACGUCUAGUUUUGAUAUAUCAGAAAAUCUAAAAUAUUUUUUCUUGUAUUUUAAAUAAGCUGAAAUAUUAUGUUUAUAAAAUAACUAACUGUUAAGAUUGAUUUGUAUUACAUAUUAAUACAAAAACCUGAAUAAAAUAUACAGGGUGUCCUAAUAUUCCGUGGACAUAGAGCUCCUACUUGUUAUAGAGCUUACUCCUUGUUGGACACAAUUUACCUCUAUAUAAAAGUGCUACGUUUGUCCGCUACAGAGCAUCAAACUAAUAAAAUAAACACAUUUUUUCAGAUAUUUUAAGAACCGUUCACAGGAACCGUUCUUCUGAUUUGAAUGAGAUUUUUAGUUAUUAUUUUUUUUUAAUGUUUGAUGCCCUCUAACGG